AUGCGCAAGACCUCGUCGCUGCCUAAGCUCACCUCGCCGCAGGAGCAGCUGCUGGGGUGCAUGCCUCCCAUGCGCCGCUACCUGGUGGACAUGAUCAUUGGCUGUGACUUCAUCGACAUGCUAUCAAGGGAGGAAGUGGAAGCCCUAGCGCUUGUGCCUGUGCCUGUGGCGGAGCAGUUCCUGCGACGCAUGCCCAGCCAUCCCCACCGCCGCAUGAGCGAGCCAGGAGCAGGGGAGCGGCUGUUUGAUGAGAGCAGGCAGGCAUACCUGGAGGUGCGGAUAGAAGAGGAUGCCAACAACAACAGACAGCCCAAGAUUGGCGCUAUUGACGUGUGUGCAGAGCCGGGUUACACAGUGGCACACCGGCAAUUAGGCCGAGACAGGAUCUUACGAGUGACCUUCCCGCCUGCCAGGAAUUCCAACCAGGGAAUGACCCCCUACAUCAAGUUCCUACAAGAAGGCCUAGUCGUGGGACUCAGGCGAUUCCAUUUCCUAGGCUUCAAGGCGUCGCAGGGCAAUUUCAAGUCGGGCGAGUCAGAGAGGGUGUUUAUGUUUGCCCUGCGCUCCAUGGCCCUUGCCGACACCAACCCUGCUGCCUUCCCGCUCUACCCGUCCAUCAAAGACGUGUGGAGCCGCUUUGCACACUUCCACACCUGCCCCACCAUCCAAAAGACCGCCGCUAGAAUCGAGCUGCUCUUCUCGCGCACGUACUCUCUCAUGGACCUCCAACCGGGCGACCUGCAAGUCGUGCCAGACGUCAUAUGCCAGGACGGCAGCAUACCCACGGACGGCACGGGGCUCAUCCUGGCGUCUGCAGUGCCCCCCAUAGAGAUCGCAUCAGGAGUCGCGUACCUGCCUGCUGCUGCUUCCUCCCCUUCUCCUCCCACGUCCGCCUCCGCACCCUCUGCCUCCCCGCCCUCCGCUUCCCCGGUCUCCUCUUCUCCACCCUCCUCCUCCUCCUCCCCUCCCUCCGCCUCUCCUCCUUCCUCCUCUCCUUCCUUCGCCACUCCUCCCUCCUCCUUCCCCUCCCCCUCCUCCUCCUCGCCGUCUCCCAGCCAGCCAUCUCUAGCAGCAGCCGUGGCACAGCCAGCAGUGCUGCAGGUGCGGGGGUAUCUCAACGGUAUGCUCUUCAAGGGCACGCUGCUGCUCGUCACACAGUUCCCUGAAUCGCUGAACGUGCAGCCGGGAGUGAAGAUAGUGGUGCGGGAGAGCAUGGUAAAGGUCACACCUGAUCCGGUGCUGCUGCAGGCACGCAAAGGGGGCAGGGGCCAGGGCAGGGCCGUGCCAGCUGUCAACAAGCUAGAGGUCAACGACACCAGCAAGGCGCCAUCAGAGGCGACGUUCAACCGCACGUUGCUGCUGUUGCUGGUGGCGUGCGGGGUGCCUCAGGACCUCUUCCUUUCCCUCGCGCGCCGUCAGUGCGCCGAGGCUAUCGCCCUCCCCUCCGACCGCCUCGCUGCUUCCAAGUACAUACUGCGCAGUGUGAACCAUUCGUCAGCAUCGCACGGAGCGAGCUACUUCAUGCAGCCCCUGCAGAUGCUCGCCAGUGGCAUCCCGCUAUCGGAGCCCUACCUGCAGGAUGCACUGCACAGACGCGUUAACAAGGCAGCAGAGUCGUUAGAGCGAGGUCACCUGCCAGCAGAGCGAUCGUACUACCUCAUGGGCGUGGCUGACCCCACUGCCUCACUGCUGCCUGACCAAGUCGUCGUGCUGCUCAAGGACGGUCCAGUGACAGGCCGCUGUCUCAUGUACCGUAGCCCAUCGCUGCACCCGGGGCACCUGCGGCUGAUGAACGCCGUGCACUCGCCGGCCAUCGCCGCCCUGCUGCCGCCCAGCGCGCGCUACUGCGUCAUCUUCCCGGUGACCGGGCGGCGGUCGGUGGCGGAUACUAUGAGUGGGGGCGACCUGGAUGGAGACAAGUUUAUGGUGUGCUUCCACCCGCAGGUGACUGGCGCAUUCAAAGAAGUGGCCCCUCCCACGCGGACAACUCGGGGGAGGAUGAGCGCGGGGGCGAGGCCACCGGCGCAGCUGAACCCAGCAGAGCUGGAGGCGCAAUUGCUGGGCAUGUGGGGCCGGCUGGCUUCUGGGCACAGUGUGACGGGGCGCGCGUACAACCUGCAUGCAUCGUACCUGGACGAGCACGGGCCGCAGCACGAGUACUGUGAGCAGCUCAUGCGCAUCUACGAGCGCGCACUGGACGCCCCCAAGACAGGCGAGCAGGUGUUCAUCCCCAACUACCUGGAGCGCACGCGGCGCCCACACUACGACCAGGCUGCUGCUCCUGCAGGCUCGGUGUUCCACUCGCGCUCCAUCAUGGGGCAGAUCUUUGACCUUGUGCAGCAAGCCAGAGUGAUGCCAUUCGAAGCCAACCCAUUAACAGCAUACGAGCUCGACCCCGACCUGAUUCUCACCCAGCCGUGUGCGCCGUCUGUUGAGCUGAAGGAGAAGCACGAGUUGCUGGACGUGUGGAAGAAACACUGCCAGGCGUACAAUCUGAGAAUCUCUGCAAUCUUCUCUCGCAACCUCUCGCCCAAGCAGCGCGACCUGCAGAUGCAGCUGCAAAAGGAGUACUACCGCAAGAUUCUCUAUGGAAACUGGUCCCCAUCCUUUGAGGAGCCAUGUGCGCCGAUGUAUCUGCUGCGGAAAGCCAGCGCGAUAUAUGAAGUCGUCUACACUGCUGCCCAGGAGAAAGCUAUCAGGCAGGCGAGGCGCAGUGGGAAAUGGUUUCUGGCAUCCCAGAAGCAGUUCCUGCUCAUGUCUAUGCCGGGAGGGAGGCGUGGGAGGUGGGGUGGGGGAGAGGGCUGUGUGAGAAGGGUGGUUACUGUGGGACCUGAGGGACGGGUGGUUGUGAUUGCUUCACAGCAGGGAGGGACGGAGGAUGAUGGGGAUGAGGGGAGUGAUGGCUGUGAGGAUUAG